AAAAAAAUUCGGCGACGUACAACGAAUCGACGAUGAGGACACUCAUGGCUCGGGGUUUUACGGCGGCGUUUCUUGUGCUGCUCGGCCUCGCGUCGCUGCUGGUGUCGCCGUCCGCGGCCCAGCAGAUCAAGACCACCGACACGCGGUGGAGCUACCGCCUCCCGCUGCCCGACGGCGCCAGCGGCGCCGAGAGCCUCGCCUUCGACGGGAAGGACGGGGUCUACACUGGCGUCUCGGACGGCCGCGUGCUGAGGUGGGGUGGCAGCGCCGCCGGCUGGAGCACCUUCGCGUACAACGCCAACUACAGGAGGAUCCCUCUGUGCUCGUCGUCCGUGGUGCCACCGGAGGAGAGGGAGAGCAUCUGCGGGCGACCCCUGGGGAUCCGGUUCUUCAGGAAGACCGGCGAGCUCUACAUCGCCGACGCGUACUUGGGGCUGAUGAAGGUCGGGUCUGAGGGCGGCGAGGCUCAGGUGAUCGCGACCGAGGCGGACGGCGUCCCCUUCCACUUCCUCAAUGGCCUCGACGUCGACCAAUCUAGCGGCGACGUCUACUUCACCGACAGCAGCAGCACCUAUACCCGCAGGUUCAACGGCGAGAUCACCAUGAACGCCGACGUGACCGGGAGGCUGCUCAAGUACGACGCGCAGACGCGGGGAGUCACCGUGCUGAAGACCGGCCUGCCGUACCCCAACGGCGUCGUCGUCAGCCGCGACAGGACGCACAUCGUCGUGGCGCACACGGUGCCGUGCCAGGCGUUCCGGUACUGGUUGCGGGGCCCCAACGCCGGCGACUACGAGCUUUUCGCCGACCUCCCCGGGUACCCUGACAACGUGAGGCGCGACGGCAAGGGAGGCUACUGGGUGGCCUUAAACCAGGAGAAGAUGCGGCUGGGCGCGGAGCCUCCGGCGAAGCACCUGGUCGGCGUACGGCUCAACCCCGACGGCGUGGAGGUGGAGGAGUUGACGGCCGCCAAGGGCGUCACGCUCAGCGAGGUGGCGGAGCAGAAGGGCAAGCUGUGGUUGGGCUCCGUCGAACUCGAUUACAUUGGCGUCUUUGCUUAAUAGUGCUAAUUAAAUAGCGCGUAAUCACGUCCUCUACGAGAAUUAGCGUAGGAGUUUAUGCUUGUUGUUUAAUUAGAGAAUAAUUAAGCCUUGCCUAAUGUUUCAAUUUGAGAAAAAGUUUUCUAGUAUAUGCCGUGUGCUUGUGUCAUAUUUUGUAA